AUGUACCAAGACAAUAAAUUUGGUCCCUAUGAUCUUCCCAAGCUUGGUUUCUCUUGCUGCAGGUAUGAUCCAAAGGAGAAUAAGUGGACUCGGGUGGCUUCUAUGAGUACCAGAAGACUAGGCGUGGCUGUGGCUGUGUUAGGAGGGUUCUUAUAUGCUGUAGGUGGCUCUGACGGGACAUCUCCACUCAACACAGUGGAGCGCUACAAUCCUCAGGAAAACAGAUGGCACACCAUAGCCCCUAUGGGGACUCGGAGGAAACACCUAGGAUGUGCAGUGUAUCAGGAUAUGAUCUAUGCUGUAGGAGGUAGAGAUGACACUACAGAGCUUAGCAGUGCUGAGAGAUACAACCCCAGAACUAACCAGUGGUCUCCAGUGGUAGCCAUGACAUCCCGCCGUAGUGGGGUUGGCCUGGCAGUGGUCAAUGGACAGCUCAUGGCAGUAGGAGGUUUUGAUGGCACAACGUACUUGAAGACCAUUGAAGUUUUUGAUCCUGAUGCCAAUACGUGGAGGUUAUAUGGCGGGAUGAAUUACCGUCGGCUAGGGGGUGGCGUAGGAGUUAUUAAAAUGACACAUUGUGAAUCCCAUAUAUGGUGAACAUAUAGAAGAGUCUUGUAUUCUGGAGAGCUACGACUUUGGAGCUUUGUACAGCUUGAGAAAACAUUAGAACAAAUUUUAUUCUUUGCCGGUGCCUCAACAUAUGGAAAUACAAACCCAAUGAAAG